AUGGAUCCCACCAUACAUAUUUUAGGUCUUGGAAACCUGGGAAAGCUGUUCGCACACUCAUUAGCUACGAAGCCCGAACCUCCUCCUGUCACUUUAUUGUUUCAUCGUCACUCUCUAUACCACAAGGCGAAAGCCCUAGGGCCAAAGAUUAAAAUCUAUCAUGACGGUGUUUGGCUUGGUGGUGGUCAUUACGAUAUUGAAUUAUGCCAGGAUGGUAACAAGAAUCGCUCAGAUACUAAGGUUAUAUCCAAUCUGAUAGUCACCACAAAAUCCCACAAAAUGGCGGAGGCGCUUGAGAUGAUCAAACAUCGAUUGUCCCGCAUGUCAACUGUACUGUUCGUACAUAACGGUAUAGGAGUAGUAGAAGAAGUCAACAAGCUCGUGUUUCCCGAUUUCAAAGACAGGCCACGUUAUCUAUUUGGCAUAGCAUCCCAUGGUGUCUCUCAACAAACUCCACUAACGGCAGUCCUUGCUGGUCAUGGUUUUGUCACGAUUGGAAAUCCCGAAAUGGAUAAAGAAGGAUCUCCAGUCAAAAGCCAUCUCCUACGACAAGUCAUUGACUCUAAGCUCCUUCGCGCCAGCGAGGUUCCUUGGGAUGAAUUUAGACUCCUUCAAUUGCAGAAAUUGGCUGUGAACGCUGUAAUAAAUCCUCUCACUGCUCUAAACAAUUGUUUAAAUGGUAUGAUUAUGGAGUCUUCCAUGAUCGGGGAUAUAGGAGAUCUUUUUGGAGGCCUAGUAUCCGAAAUUAGUCAAGUCAUUUGUUCACUGCCUGAACUUCAAGGGAUUCCAGGCCUAGAAGAACGAUUUUCAAUAGAGACUUUGCGGAACAUCAUUCUUGACGUUGCUCUAGCCACUGCCGGGAAUCGAAGUUCCAUGCUUCAAGAUGUUAGCAAUGGCAGAGAAACUGAGAUCGCCUAUAUUAAUGGAUAUAUUGUCGGAAGAGGAAAAGAGCUAGGUAUUGAGUGUCCGGUGAAUAGGAGGAUGGUUACGGAUAUUCUCGAGGCGGUCUCAAAGCAGAAGCUCCAAGCUGUGUAG